AUGCUCUCCCUUGCCUUCUCUGUCCUCGGCACCUACUCCACCUUCGCCCAAGACCUUUCCUCGGGCCUCACAAACGGCGGCCCGAUCACGAUCCUCUGGGGUCUAGUCCUCGUUACAGCGUGCAAUCUCGCCGUCGCGUUGUCGCUGGGUGAAUUGACGAGUUCCAUGCCCACGGCGCUGGGACAGGCGUAUUGGGUCCAUCGGAUGUGGGGAACAAAAACUGGGAGGGUGGUGAGUUACAUGUGUGCGUGGAUUAAUGUGUUUGGGUGGUGGACGCUGGGGGCGAGUAUGGUUGCGUUCAUGACUGAUUUCACGCUGGGGUUGAGGGGCCUGUUUGGACAGGCGGAGAGUGCGGGUUGGUUAAAGUUUGUGCUGUAUGUGGUGUUUACGUUCUGCUUGACGGUUGUUAAUGCGGUUGGAUGUCGACGGGAUCGGAUACUGCCGUGGUUGAAUAAUUUCGUCGGGGCGUGGUUUAUCGCGUUGUUUGGGAUACUUUCGCUGGCGAUGUUGAUCGGGGUUGGUGUGAGGGAUAGCCGGGGGUUUCAGUCCGGGACGUUUGUGUUCGGGGCGUGGAUUAAUGCGACUGGGUGGAGUGAUGGGGUUGUGUGGUUUACUGGUCUUGUGCAGGCUGCUUAUGGGCUUACGGCGUUCGACUCGGUGAUUCAUAUGGUUGAGGAGAUUCCGUCGCCGAGGACGAAUGCGCCCAGGAUUAUUUAUCUCGCUGUAGGGUCUGGUGCGGCGACGGGGUUUAUUUUCAUGGUCGUGUGUCUAUUCUGCAUCCAGGAUGUGGACAGCGUCGUCAAUGCGUCGUUGCCGUUUGUCACGCUCAUGAACGAGACCGUUGGCCGCGACGCUGCCACCACGCUCUUGGUGCUCUUCAUCUUCAAUGGCUUAGGACAGGGCGUCAGCAUCCUCACCACAUCCUCUCGUCUGACAUGGGGUUUCGCGCGCGACGGCGGAUUACCAUUCAGCGCAUAUCUCUCACACAUCCACCCGGUCUGGAAAGCACCCGUGCGCGCCAUCUGGGCGCAAGGCAUCAUCAUUGCCCUGGUCGGCGUGCUCUAUCUCUUCGCCGACACCGUUCUCGAAGCAAUUCUCAGCGUCAGCACAAUUGCGCUAACAAUCUCCUACGGUAUACCUAUCGCCGUGUUGCUCUUCAUAACCGGCCGCGAGAAUCUCCCCACCGGAUGCAAAUUCCACCUCGGACGCUGGGGUAGUACUCUGAACUAUGUCAGUUUGGCGUAUUGUUGUGUGACGACUGUGUUUUUCUUUUUCCCUGGCACACCUAAGCCCAAUGUCGCGGAGAUGAACUGGGCGAUUGCGGUGUUUGGGGUGAUGUUGGUUAUCGCGGGAGCGUUCUGGGGAGUUAAGGGGUGGAAGACGUAUUUGAAGACUGAGGAGGCUGGGUUGAGGAUGCUUGUUGCGAGGGAAUUGGAGAUCGAACAAGAGGAGGAAGAGGAACAGGAACGGGUGCAUGCUGUGAACGUGGGUAAAAAGUAG